AUGCCACCGCCCGCGUCCACCGAGGACGCCCCGAUGCUGACCUCCGCCGCCGGCGCAGACCCAGCAUCGUCGCGAUGGACUCGCGUCUGGGAGAAGCUGAAAGCGCCGUUUAGCGGUGCAGACCCGCGAGUCUGUAUCGCCUUUUGGCUGUUUGGUUUGGUCAACAACGUGCUCUACGUGAUCAUCCUCUCCGCAGCGCAGGACCUAGUCGGCGGCGACGUACCAAAAGGUGUCAUCCUCGUCGCGGCCAUUAUCCCCGCCUUCGCAACCAAGCUCACAGCCCCGUACUUUAUCCACCUUGUCCCCUACGCAGUCCGCAUCGUCAUCUUCGUAUUCCUCUCAGCAAUCGGGAUGCUCGUCGUGGCACUGAGCCCCAGCUCAACCGACUCCUCUUCCAUCGCCAGCAAGAUCUCGGGAAUUAUCCUGGCGAGUUUCUCCGCUGGCGGCGGCGAGCUGAGCUUUAUGGCCCUAACCCAUUUUUACGGGCCGUUUAGUCUUGCUUCGUGGAGUAGCGGGACGGGUGCGGCGGGACUCGUGGGUGCGGGUGUUUAUGCGCUGGCUACUUCGCUGAUGGGGUUCUCGGUGCGCACGACGCUGUUGGCUUCGGCUUGCUUACCUCUUGCUAUGGCUUUUGGGUUCUUUGUCGUGUUACCACGUGAGGUGCUACGGGCGGAGUUUGCGCAGGAUGGAUAUACUGCCGUUGAGCGCGGGGAAUUGCUCGCGGAGGAUGGGCUGGAUGGUGAUCACGCUGGUACAGAGAGCGACGGGCUGCUCGGCGUGGCGGUCCAUUCAACAGACAGCCAUAAAGACAUCCGGGUGAACGAGGCUUCGUCCUGGUGGGUGCAUGUUCAGACCAGCUUGAAGCGCAUGCGGAAGCUGUUUCUGCCAUUCAUGGUCCCCUUGCUCAUCGUCUUCAUCGCCGAGUACGUGAUCAACCAGGGUGUAUACCCUACCCUUCUCUUCCCCCUGCGCGACUCGCCAUUCUCCCACUUCCGCUCGUUCUAUCCUGCCUACAAUGCCGUCUAUCAGAUAGGCGCUUGGCUAUCUCGGUCAUCGACUCCAUUCCUGCGCAUUCACAACGUCUACAUCCCCGCCUUGCUGCAGGUGGUCAAUCUGCUGCUCUUCACAUUGCAAGCGCUCUUCAAUUUCAUUCCCAACGUUUGGCUUGUCUUCAUCAUCAUCUUCUGGGAGGGAUUGCUCGGCGGCAUUGUCUAUGUCAACACCUUUGCCGAAAUUGGGGAGCGUGUGCCCAUUGAGGAGCGGGAGUUUUCGCUCGGUGCCACCACCGUCAGUGACUCGGCGGGCAUCUGUAUUGCCGGCUUCUUGAGUAUGGGGUGGGAGGUGUGGUUGUGCAAUUGGCAGAUUGCGCAUGGGCGGGACUGGUGCCGCAAGCUAGCCCACAAGCAUGGCCCGCCGCUCUUCCGCUCCAUCUCCUCCCGCCUGUCAGGCCAGUUGACCACCUGGCAGACAACCGUGAUCAUCUUCCUCUAUCUAUAUGUCAGCCGCAACUUCGCCAAGAUCAUCGGUCUGGAAUCCCCCGAGCCGCUGUCCAAUCUGUAUUCGCGCUCGUUCUUCCGCGCAACAUGGAUCGCUACCGGCCUCGACGCGGGCUUCUGGACCGCUAUGAAAAUCAAGCCCAAGUGGCUGCGUGAUCUGGCAUCGCUCGUGUUCACCGUUUACUAUCUCGUUGCUGCGGAGCGUGCAGAUGAUAAAGUUCGUCGCGUGCGCGCCACCCUGACCGUCGAGCAUCUGCGCGUCUCGUGGAAUAAAGCAACUACACCGUACCUGUGGGCGAUGGCGAAAUUGGUGCGCCCGCGGUUGACAAGGUACUCGCCGCGGGCAAUUCGGAUUCCACGUCCUGCGCAGUCGGUUCAUACCGAGCCUGUGAAUGCGUGGUUGUACUUUGACGGACCGUUGAGUGCGCUGCGGGAACAGACAUGCUUGGUGCUGGAUGUCCCCGGCGGCGGGUUCGUGGCCAUGAGUCCGCGCAACUCCGAGGAUAAACUGCUUGCUUGGGCGGGACAGCUCAAAGUGCCGAUAUUGAGUAUUGAUUACAAAAAAGCGCCCGAAUUUGCAUACCCGUAUGCCCUGCACGAGUGCUACGAUGUCUACCACGCCAUCAUCCGUACCUCCGGGCGCUGUAUGGGGCUAAGUGGCGAGACGCGUCCGCGUGUGGUGGUCACUGGCGAAAGUGCCGGGGGUAACCUUGCAGUGGGGAUGGUCUUGAUGGCGCUACAGUCGGCUAUGGCACAGGGUUGGCAAGGCGACGAUGUGCUCCCGCGACCGGAUGGCGUUGUACUCGCGUAUCCGGCACUGAAUAUGCAGGUUGCGAGCUGGAUGACCGAUGAGCAGAUGUCGUUGAUUCAGGAUAAAAGCUCGAGUCAUACGAACCGCAGUGUUCUUGAGCGAAAACGGGAUCAAUAUCGCAAGUUGACGCCUUUCACUUCGCCUGGUCAUUCCGUUGAGGCCCUGACCGAGCUCGCUCCCUCAAAUGGCGAGCAGAAAGACAAACAAACUGAUGUGCCAAGCGAGGUAGCCAAAUCUCUGGAAGAGAGAAUCAAGAAGAGCGAUAUCGUCGCCGCACAGAAGACAGACGAAGUCCAGCCUCUGCGGACCAGACUUGCCGUCUCAUCAAUGAUCUCCUAUGUCCAUGACCGUAUCCUCACGCCCGAAAUGAUGCGUGCCAUGAUUAUCCUGUAUAUCGGACCACACCAUCGGCCAGACUUCAACACAGACUUCUGGCUUUCUCCAGUCCUUGCCCCAGCUGCCUUACUCGCCAAGUUCCCCAAAACAUACAUUCUAACCGGCGAGCGCGAUCCACUAGUCGACGAUACGGUGAUUUUUGCCGGCCGUUUGCGCCAGGCGAAACUGGAUCUGUUCCGUGAACGCCAGGAUCUGGGGUUGGAAAAGUCACAGCGCCAGUUCCAUGAGAAGGACCACGUGGAGGUCUCCCUGAUCCCGGGGGUAUCGCAUGGAUUUAUGCAGAUGGCCGGCUUCUUCCCCGAGGGAUGGAAGUAUAUCCAUCGCAGUGCGAAAUGGAUUGAAGAUCUGUUUGAUGCAGCCUGCAAGCGGAGCCCGCAGUCAAGUCUCCUCCAAUCGACCAAUAGGCAUGCCAUGAGCAGGCCCGGAAGGUCACCAAAUUCGACCAUGCGCACUGAUAAUAGCAUUUACGAGCGCCGAAAUCACUACCGCAGCCUCACGGGGGAAUCAUCAGGCGAUGAGGAUCGGCCUCUGGAAAUGAGUAUUGGCAAAUUAACACCAAUCACACAACCUGAGAAUGCGGCAGAUUCUCGUCCCCGAAACAAGAAAUCAUGGUCUGAGCUCCCAGGACGGCUGACGACAUUGAAUGACAAGCCAACUGCAACCAAAAACUUCCACCUAACUCACCGAAUCGACUAUUUCUCUCCAGAUGAGACAAAUAGCGCACCGGAGAGCCCGGUUGCAACCCGUCCCCGUGGACGAAGCAUUAGUUCUCUCGACAGUGAGGAAGAUAUCCUCGAUCGCAGGAUGAAUGGAUUAGCUGGCGGAUUAAUGGGACUCGGCGAGAGAGCGCAGACACCCGGUCCGUGGGAGGGAUUCGCAUAG